GUUUGCUAAUGCAGGUUUUUUCCUUCUGUUUCUGAACCAUUAUUAUAGUUAAAGGAAUGCUGGAUCUUUCAGAUUUCCUUAAGACUGUGAAUGAUGUUUGUUAUUUGGUCUCCCAGGAUCCAGCAUUCCAGAAUGCCUUGAAGAUUUUCUGUAGGAUAAAAAGUGGUCGAGUUGCGACUGAUGAACUGGCUGCUGUUUUGGAUAGCAUGGAUAUUCCUGUAAUUCCUGAAACUUUUCAGGAAGUGAUAAAACAUGCUCGUAUAGACAGUAACCACAUGGUGGAUAUUAGAGAUAUUCUAUUUAUUUUGGAUGAACUACAGCACCAGUAUGAAGAUUUUUCAGUUAUGGAAUCAUCAGCCUUGGAUGAGUCUACUUCAGACAGAAAGUUAUCAAAUAUAUCAGAAUGUUAUCCACAGUAUAGGAUGAAAAGCAGUUUCUCUUCCAGACUACGUGAACCAUCAUUAUUCCCAAAGUUAAAUAGAAAACACCUCCAAUAUCAUAAAGUUAUGGAGGAUAAUGAUUACCUUGAAUUUAAAAGAUCAAAAAAUCCUUUGCAAAUAAAAAAAAUCCUAAAUGGGGUUGAUAGCAGUGAUAUAGGAUUCUGGGAACCAUAUUCAAAGGAUGGCAUAAACUUUAAGAAAAGUUCAGAGAAGAUUGAAAUUCAUGACUCAAAGUCUACGUCACAUAGCUUGAAGAGCAUCACAAGCCUCAAAAAGUCUCUGGAUAAAAGUGAUCAUUUUAGUACCCCCAAACUUCAGAAGCCAGCUGUGAGAAGGCAUUCCAGCCUCCUAAAACAGGUUUCGUCGAAAGAAAAGAUUGCAGUGAAUGCUCUGGAAAACAUCUGUGAAGCUAUCAAUAAACUCCAAGAAAAUUGCAUUGCUGCAGAAGAACUUCAGUCCAUUUUGCCUUCAAUAGGAGUUACUUUAUCAGACAAAGAGUUCAAGGAGAUUGUGGCAAAGACUGCUCAAAAUGGAAAUGGAAUGGUGAAGUUAGAUGACUUUAUGAGCGCUCUCUCCAAGGAGCAAAGUCUCCCUGAAUGUGAUGUGUUGACUGAUGUCAUUAAAGCCAUUGAUAAAAUUAAAGAUGAAAAUAUUGAUUAUGAGGAUAUGAAUACUUGUCUUCAGCAUUUUGGAGGUUACCUUUCUAAGCCAGAAUUUGAGAAGAUCACAGAGUUGACUGAAGCUGACAAAACGAAAAAAGUGAAUUUUAAAGGUUUCAUUGAUACAAUGAUGACCAAUACGGAACGCUUCUCUGAAAAAUUAUUAUUGCCUGAUGCUAUUGAAAACCUCCAUAAUCUCAGCAAAGGGAAGAUGAAUAUUUCUCACCUGUGGACCACUCUGUCUAACUUGAAUAGUAACUUGAAAAAAAAUGAAUUCCUAGCUGCACUGAAACUAACAACAGUGGAUGAAGAUGAUGAAGUACAGAUAGAAGAAUUUGGACAAGUGGUAAAGGAUAUUCGUGAUGCCUCCGUGUUAAAAGUGCAAAACUGGAAGAAUCCAUCAGUUUUACUGUUAUGUUCCAAAAAUUUAGAUCCGUGGACUGAAUUACAUGUUGCAUGUAUAUUCUCUGUGUUUGUAGCAUUGAAUGACAUCAUCGGUACAUUGGAAUGUAUGGAGGAAAGUGAUCAGUCUGGCAAGGACAACUAUGCAGAUGUGCUUGGAAACACCAAUAGAAUUUAUUUCACUGAUAAUAGUUUUCAAGAAGUGCUGGAUGAUUCCUUGCUCGACGACUUUAGGAAAGAGGCUUUGUCUUCAAAUCUGAAACUACCAACAGCAGAUGCAUUUAAAGAAGCUGCUUAUAUCUUGACAAGUGUUGAUAAUGGCAAGAUUGGCAUACGUAACUUGGAGCAUGCCCUGAAAAGUUUGAAUGUUAAUUUAGCUGCGGAGGACGGCAGUGAAGCCCUUAAGUAUUGUGACAUCAGUGAUGAUGAUGAGGUGACUUUAAAAGAUUUCUUUGAAAGAAUGAAAGGAAGUCCACCUUUCAAAGAGUCCAUAGUUACACAGCUACUCUUCGUUACUGUUCAAAUUCUCCAGAAUGAUCUGAUUGAUGUCUCUGACCUCAAGGCAUUAUUGAUGAACAAUGACUUUCAUGCAGCUAAUGUUUUACUUGAUGAAGUAUUAAGACAUGGACCUGAACACGAAAAUGGCAAGAUUACCUUUCAAGAAUUUUUUAUUAAGUUCUGUGAUACAUUGAACAUGCCUAAAGCCUCAGGAAAUAAAAAUCAAUUUUACAACAUCAACAUUUACAAAAAUGAACUUAAAGACAUUCCUGUACUUCAGCAAAAUUUAAAUGCCAUUGGAAUCUAUCUAACAGAUGAUAAAAUGAAGGAGACUUUGGAUAACACUCAUCCUAACGAUGAAGUGGUGAGUUUUAAGGAUUUCAUCAGAGAAUUGGACAACAGUGAUGAAUUUAUCGAGUGCCACAGAAUAGAAGAUGCAUGUAACAUUGUGAAUAGUGUCUUUGAUAGGAAAGUUGAAGUUAAAGACCUUUUAUCUGCGUUGGAGGGCCUGGAGAAACCUUUAAAUGAAGAAAAACCUGAGGUGUUACUGAACUCUGAAACAGAUGAAAGUAAAAAGAUCUUAAAAGAUGUAAUUGAUGUUUUCAUUAAUUCACCUAAACCAUCAACACCAUUCAAUAAUUUAUUUAAAGAGAUUACAACUCUUGAUAAGAUCAGAAAUGAUAAGAUGCCUAUCAAUGAGCUGAGGUCCCAACUCCGGAACGCUAGAAUUCUAUUAAGCAACAAGACGUUCCAGGAAAUUCUGGGUCAAGCAUCUAUUGAUGAAAAUAGUGAAGUAAGUCUCAAACAAAUUUUGGAGGCUUUGAACACAAAUAAGCCAGCUCCUGAAUUGGAAGAUUUAUGUACUGCCCUCCAAACUGUCAACUUGAUGAAUUGCAACAGAAUUCAGACUGGUGACUUGAAAGAUGCUUUUGAUGACCUCAAUGUUUCUGUAAAGCCUGAAGAACACCAGAUGUUAGUGAAAACGCUUGAUGUUGAUGAAAAGGGAGAUACUUCUCUAAAGACUGCCCUUUUAGCACUGAAGAGCAUUAAGCGUUUUCGAGAUUUUAGAGAGGUUAAUGAACUUGCAAAGGCGUUCAACAAAGUCACCAAUGAAAAAGUUGUUGUUGAUGAUAUAAAACCUAUACUGAAAGGCUUGGGGAUUUAUUUGCCAGAGGAAGAAUUGCAGGACAUGCUUACAUCCAUUUCUCUGGAUAACGAGGGGAAAGUGAACUUAAAAGAUUUCCUGACUCAGUUAAUGAAAAUGCCAUAUCUUACAAAAGUUCAAAAGAAGGAUCAAUCAUCCCAGGAGGCUCGGAAGGCUGACCUGGGGUCUCCUGCUCACUUGAAGGCUCAACCUCCUCUGGAGGCUUACCCGAGGUCUCUUGCUGGGUUAGAGAAAGUUCUGCUUCCUCAGUAUGUUCAAGAGGCUGAGGUGGGGCCUCUUGCUGGGCUAUAG